UAUUUCAAAAUGAAGUAUGUCUCCUUUUCCCUCUGUGCUUAAUGUGCAGGCCCAACCCUAAAUCUUGGGAGAAAGGACAUCAUCUUCCUUAUUGAUGGCUCAGACAAUACAGGUGCUGCUGGAAUUGCACAUAUCCGUGACUUCAUCUUCAACAUUGUCCAACAACUCGAUGUGCAGCCUGAUCAAGUGCGUGUUGCUGUUGUCCAGUAUGCAGACAGAGUAAAGACAGAGUUCUCACUCAAUUCUCACAACAACAAGCCAGCUGUUGUUUCUGCUGUUAAAAGACUUCGUCAGAUGGGUGGCCGAUCAUCAGAUCUGGCUGAUGCCAUUGAAUACGUCAUAAAGAAUGAGUUAAAGCCCGCUGCUGGUGCUCGUCCUGCAGCCUCCCAGCAUCUUGUGGUUCUCACAGGUGGACGUUCCCGCCAAGAUGUUGCUCUUUAUGGACCUCUGCUUAAGGGCUCCCGGGUCAACUGCAUUGGUGUUGGAGCAGCUGGUGCUGACAGAAAACAGCUAAGCCAAAUUGCCACCACCUCAUCUGAUGUCCUUCAGGUUUCUAACUUCCCUGGCCUGCCUUCAAUCCAGCAGGGGGUUAUUGACAGGCUGAGAACCAGCGCUGAUGACUUACCCACAGAAUAUCCAACAUCAACAGGCGUGCCAUCCAAAAAGGCUGAUAUAGUGUUUUUGGUGGAUGGCUCCAUUAACUUGGGAAGGGACAACUUCAAUGAAGUGAUGACAUUUAUCACCAACCUAAUUGAUCUGUUCUUCAAUGAGCAAGACAACCUUCAGAUCGGCUUGGCGCAAUAUACCACAGAUGUUACUGAUGUAUUCUACCUCAACACAUACAAGAACAAGCAAGACAUUGUAAGUGCCAUUGGCCGAGCAGAAUACAAAGGUGGACGUAGAAUCAACACUGGUGCAGCCAUUGGCCACAUUCAAGAUGUUUACUUUACCAAAGAAAAAGGCAGUAGGAUGGAUGAUGGCACUCCUCAGAUCCUUAUGGUUCUCACUGGAGGACGUUCAGCUGAUGAUGGAAAAACAGCAGCUCUUGGUUUGAAGAAAAAAGGUGUGAGAGUCUUUGCUAUAGGAGUGGGCGACAUUGAGGUUGAAUUAGAAAACCUAGCAAGCGAGUCCUCCACUGUGGCUAGAGCAAGCACCUAUCUGGAACUUUCCGAGCUGAAUGAGCAAAUCCUGGAGACUUUGGAUGAUGAAGUGAAAGGGAAGUUGUGUGUUGGUGUGCCAGAAUCUACUAAAACCUGCAGCAUAGAAGUGUUGGUGGGUUUUGAUGUUUCUGAACAAGACAUCUUCAGUGCUCAGACCAGCCUCCAAAAGAGGAUGGAAGCCAUUCUGAAGAGGAUUUCCAAAAUGGCAGCUAUCAGUUGCUCAUCCGGGCAGAUUCCGUCUGUCCAAGUGGGCAUGCUGGCCAUGGACUCUAACUCUAAUCCUAUUCAGCUGGACUUUACAGAAAAUGAUCAAGGUCUCUUUGAGGCCUUCAAAGCCCUACAGAGGCGUGGCCCCUUUGUCCUAAAUGGAAAAACCAUCUCAGCUUACAUCGAAAGGUUCAAAACCAGACAUGACGUUUUCAAGGUUGUCGUUCAUCUGACUGAUGGUAUUGACGCCCAAUACGCUGAAUUGAAAAAAGGAGUUGAGGAGCUUCAGAUGUCAGGAGUGAACAGUUUCAUUCUAGUUGGGCUCGAGCGGGUGCCCAAAUUUGAGGAGGCUUUGCUGCUGGAAUUUGGUCGCGGAUUUAGGUACACCAGACCCUUACGAGUCAAUGUCAUGGAAUUGGACUAUGAGCUGAUGGAAGAACUGGACAAUAUUGCAGAGAGAGAGUGCUGUGCAGUGCCGUGCAAAUGUACCGGCACCAGAGGAGACCGAGGAGCAGUUGGACUUCCAGGAACAAAGGGUGGUCCGGGAUUAACAGGAAGCCAAGGACAUCCUGGAGAUGAGGGAGGACCUGGAGAGAGAGGUCCUCCUGGUGUGAAUGGAACUCAGGGUUUCCAGGGAUGUCCUGGACAAAGGGGUGUCAAGGGUUCUCGUGGCUACUCAGGAGAAAAGGGUGAAUUUGGAGAAAUUGGGCUUGAUGGCAUUAAUGGAGAAGAGGGCAAAAGUGGAGUGGCUGGGCUCUCCGGAGACAGUGGAAACCCUGGCAUGAGAGGUCCCAAAGGCCUCAAAGGACAAAGUGGAGGCAUAGGAGAUCAGGGAAUCCGAGGAGACCCCGGUACAAGUGGACAAGAUAACACCCGUGCAGGAUCUAAAGGAGACCCCGGUGAUGCAGGACCAGCGGGAGAGCCUGGUGAGGAUGGAAAGAAGGGUGGCCCCGGUGAACUUGGAAGAGGGGGACCUAAUGGCAGAAGAGGCCCACCUGGACAAGCUGGAAAUCCCGGAAAGCCUGGAGUGGAGGGUGUUCAGGGAGAACCUGGUAUUGGAGGAUCUAGAGGUCCCUCUGGACCGAUAGGUGCACCAGGACCCAGAGGAGAAGAUGGAAAUCCUGGACCCAGGGGUCCCGGAGGUAUCCCAGGUACGGCUGGAGAGAAGGGGAGAAGAGCAGCUCUUGGUCGCAAGGGGGAGCCAGGAGACCCAGGACCUAAGGGUGUUGUUGGACCUCUUGGUCCCCGUGGAGAGCCUGGGGAAGACGGCAGAGACGGGUUAGGCGUUGCAGGGCUUACAGGAAGAAAGGGUGAUGAGGGCUUCCCAGGAUUCUCAGGACGAAAGGGAGCAGCAGGUGACCCCGGCACAAAGGGCGGCCCUGGACCCAUAGGCAAUCUUGGCCAGAGGGGUGUCUCUGGGAAUAUAGGAACAUCCGGACAGAAGGGAGAGGUCGGACAUCCUGGGCCAUAUGGUCAGAAAGGACCGAGGGGACCAGGUGUUGUGCAAUGUGACCUGGUUAAGAAAAUCAGAGAAAACUGCCCUUGCUGUUAUGGUCAGCAGGAGUGCCCGCUCUACCCCACUGAGCUGGCCUUUGUCCUGGAUAUCUCCGAGGGCGUUGGCCGCCCAGCCUUCAACAACAUGCGUGACACAGUCCUGCGCCUGGUCCGGGACAUCACCAUCUCUGAGAGUAACUGUCCCAGAGGGGCUCGUGUGGCUGUCACCAUGUAUAACGAUGAGGUGACCACUGAGGUCCGCUUUGCCGAUGCAAUGAAGAAACGUGCGCUGCUGCAGCGCAUCGAGGGGCUGCAGACCCUGCAGACCCGAAAGCAGCGCGGCUUGGACACCGCCAUGAACUUUGUGGCCCAGAACACCUUCAAGAGAGUGCGCAGCGGCUUCCUCAUGAGGAAGGUGGCCGUCUUCUUCGUGGGCGGGGCCAUCGACAAGGCGCAGGAGAUUACUAAUGCAGCUCUCCGCCUCCAUGAUGCUGGCAUCUCCGCACUGUUCUUAGUCAACCGUGAGGACAGAGGUCUCGGCAGGGCACUGCAGGUGAACAACACAGCCCUGGCUCAGGUCCUCGUGCUGCCUGGCCCUGGAAGUGCUCAGUACAAUUCAGUCCUCCAGAAGGUGAUGAACUGCCAUGUCUGCUUCGACGUCUGCUCUCCGGACCAGAUGUGUGACUAUGUGCCCCCGCCAGCUAGCCGAGACAGGAGAUCUUCCACCACCGACGAGGACAUCGACAUGGCUUUCAUCAUGGACAGCUCGGAGACAACUUACCCAACUGUCUUUACUGAAAUGAAACGCUACAUCGCGUCCAUCGUUGAGCAGCUCCAAGUGUCUUCAAAUCCCACAACAUCCGCUCACCACCCCAGAGUGUCUGUGAUCCAGCAAGCCCCUUACGAGUUCCUCAACAACAAAACUGGCUCUCCAAUCCGUGUUGACAUCGGUUUGACCGAGUACAGCUCAGCUCAGGAUAUAGUCAAAUUCCUGCUGGAGAAGACGCCACAGCUACAGGGUGGCCGGGCGCUGGCGGCGGCUAUCGAAUCGACCGUGGAGCAGGUGUUUGAAGUGGUGCCUCUCCAACGUCCCAGGAAAGUGUUGCUGCUCUUUGUGACAGGAAGUGUGGAAGGAGAAGAGGAGCAGCUGGUGCGUAUUGCCACUGAGAUCAAGUGCAGAGGCUACUUUCUGGUGAUCCUGGGUGUGGGCGAGACUCUGAGCGCUGGGGAUGCUCGUGUAUUGUCACGCAUGGCCAGUGAGCCGUCGGAUGUCUUCUUUAAGCGUCUGGACACCAUCUCACAAUUUUACGACAAACACAUGCAGACCUUCGGCCAGCUGCUGCCAAAGUACAUCAGCAUUGAAAAUGCUUUCUACAUGUCCCCUGAAGUCUCCAAAAACUGCAAGUGGUUCCAGAGUGACCAGGCCCUGAAAAACCCCUUUUCUUCAUCACACCAACAGGAGGAAUAUCACAAACAUCAUGAAAACCAACAGACAGUUCAUCAAAGAAAGCACACUGAGUCAGAUGAGCUCCACGUCUCUAACGUGACCUCCAGCAGCCUCAAGCUGCGUUGGAACAACCCGGACUCCAAGCUCUUUGUGUACUUCGAGGUGAUGGUGACCCGGCUGCACGACCACGCCCUGGUGCUGAAGACCAACGUGUCGGGCACAGAGCUCUCCGUGGACAACCUGCAGAGCGCUCAGACAUACCACGCUGUGGUCACCGCCCACACUGCAGAGGGACAGGUCGUCUCCACCCGCAAAGGCAUCAUGACUACGAAAGCAGCAGAGCAUAAGCCAUCCAGCCGGAGCAGCAGCCCUGUGAACACUACACCGCUGGACAGACCACAAACUGUUAAUGAAUUUGCAGACCAAUGCUCACUUGACUAUGACCCUGGAAUGCCGUGCAAAGACUAUCAGGCUAAGUGGUUCUUUGACAGAAAGAACGGGAUCUGUACACAGUUCUGGUAUGGAGGUUGUGGAGGCAAUGACAAUAGGUUCGACACUGAGGCCCUCUGCCUGAAAAACUGCAUGAGGUCAGUGCCAGAGCCGGAGCCACGCGUGCAGCAGGUUGAACAGGUGGAGGUCCUCCUGGAUCCUGCGGGCUCUACAGCUGUGGACAUUUGCCAGCUUUCCAAAGAGGAAGGAACUUGUGCCAAGUUUGUCCUGAAGUGGCACUUCGAUGCCACCAGUAAGAGCUGCACGCGCUUCUGGUAUGGAGGCUGUGGUGGGAACCAGAAUCGCUUCGACACGCAUCAGGAGUGUGUGAACGCUUGUGGAAAACCAGCACCCCUCAAACAAGGAGUCCUCGCUGCGAUGAGAACAUAGGACACAGCUUCCUCCAAACCAUCCAAAAUGGCCAUACUGUAAACUGAUGCAAAGCCAAAGCAAGGGUGGCUUCACUGGAUUCCACAAAAAAUGACUUUAACCCAAAUUCUUGAAAUAUUUUUUUAACAACAAGAAGGAAGCAACACAAUUUGCUGCAUGAUUUGUUUUAACCUACUGGUGCUAUGUAGUAUGUUUGUUUUAUCGACUCAUUAAGUGCAUUUUGGAACAAUGGCAUCAUAAGAGUUUUUAAAAUCACUUUGAUAAUUAUGAAAGAAACUAUGACAUUUUUGGACAGAGAUUAGUUAUAACUGAGUAUGCAGGACUGGCAUUAUUCAAUGCAGUAUCCUUUUUUUGUGUUUUUUACAUUCCACAUUCACAUAGCAACCUUGGCUUUUAUUGACUCUUAUGUUUUAAACCUCACUUGAUCCCUGUGGAAUCGUAGCUUCACGAUUUUACAGCCACACAAUCCACAGUAAUGUUUAGUCUCAUGUGUGUAUAUAAAUGACAAUGACCAAACAUAAUGAAAUGUUAAGUGCACUUCUGGAUCCACUGCCUCAAACACACAAGUUCCAGCUAUUGAGAAAUGGAAUGUACUUGUCAAGCUGUUUUUAUUUGUGUUUCAUUUGAUUUUAACAGAAAUGUGUGUUUUAUCUGGGUAUAGGGGAAAUAAACACGAAAUAGACUUUCUAAUAAACAUGAGCAACUCAUUA